AUGAGCGUAGUGCAUAUAACUGGUUUAGCUGACGAAGUUGAAAGAGAUCAUCUUCAAAGUAUUUGCCGUCCUUAUGGCGCCAUUGUACAAAUAAGACUUGGUAGAGGUGUACCAAAAGAAGGGUUCGUUGAAUUUAAGGACCCAAAGUCGGCGGCUAACUUAGUAGCAGAACUGAACGGACAAGAAAUGUGUGGCUAUACUAUUAAAACUGAAUUGUGCAAACCAAGAACUGAUACUUGCGGACGUCAAAGAUCAUCCAGAAGCGGUUUGAAUAGAGAUACAAUCAAGCUUAGUAAUCCGUUUAGAGGACCAAGACGAGAAUUUGAUGAUGGAAGGAGAUCUCCGAAUUACAGGAGGGUGGAUGCAAGCAAAGAUCGCAUUUCCACGAAACGUGAUCGGUCUGAAUCGAGGGCCCGUGUAGUUGACCAACGUAGCACUUACCAGAGCAGAUAUCGCUCUAAGAGGGAUGAAGACUUUCGCCGAAGAGGCUUAAUGCGAAACGAUCGUUCUAAGACAAGUAGGCACCAUUACAAUUGGAGAUCAACGAAUCAUUUGCAUGAGGAUAAGGAACGGAACAUGAACAAGUAUGGACGCUUCACCAGGCGGGAUCGGUCUGAAUCACCCCGUCGACAAUAUUCCUCGGUAGUUGUACAACCUACAAAACGGAGGCGAAUCGAUUCAACUGGAUCAAGUUACGGUACCACGUUGAGUCAGCACUCUUCAGUCAGUAAGCUUGGUAUGACACCAGAUGGUGGAGACUGGGAUUGA